AUGGUUUUGUUAUCUAAAUGAGUUCGUACAUUCAAAUCUUAGUUUGUCACACAUCGACAUGGAUAGAUUUUUUAUAAAUGUUUCUGGAACCAAAUUUGAAAUCAGCAAGGCAGCGCUGUUGACACAGCCUGAUACUCGUUUGGGGAAGAUUGCUUUAUCAACUUCUACUUCAGAAAAGCAAGAGCUAUAUUUUGAUCGACCUGCAACAGCAUUUGAAUCUAUUCUGACGUUUUACCAGACGCGAAAACUGCAUAUGCCACCAAACGUAUGUCCAAACUCGUUCAAGGAAGACUUAGAUUAUUGGCAGAUUGACUAUGAAUACUUAGACAAAUGCUGUUUAUAUUCGUUUAUUCAAUUUUUGGAUUUGCACACCGCUAGAAUAGAAUUUCAGUAUGAAAAGAACGAAACUUUAUCGAAGACUGUGGUAUCGAAAUGUUCAGCAAUGAGGAACCGUAUUUGGAAAGUUAUAGACUACCACGAGGCAACAUUGUUAGCAAAGUUGUACCUCAUUGUUGGGAUAACUAUCGUGUUACUAUCAGUGGGAGUAUUGGCCUUAAGUACGUUGUCAACCUUCAGAAGUCCCGUUCCACUUUGUGAGGCUUUCAAAUACAUGUCAUUUGGGGAGGCAGAAUGCAACAUUGCCACAGCAUAUGCAGACCAAGACUGCAACAAGCUAAAAGUGAAAUAUAAGGAAGACGAAUCCUACAUGUACUAUAUGGACCCGUCUUUCUAUGAUGACGAUCAGACAAAUCAUAAUGAAUCCCUAAAACAAAAAUUCGAACAAUUUCUGGCAAGAAAUCAUACAGGAGUUACUCAAAAAUCGAAAAUAUUUGUCAAAAUUGACCACUUUUUUACAGCAUUCUUCACAGCUGAAUUUUUGCUAAGGCUGUUUGUGUGUCCCAAUGUGAAAUCAUUUUUCACAAGUAUCCUCAAUUUAAUUGAAUUGUUCAUUUUAGUCGGAACAUACGUCGUUAUAGCGAUUUCAAAUUCGAAAUUAAUACCCACAUGUACUGAUUUAAUGAGUGUCAUUGAAGAUUUCAUGGAUUUUGUCAAAAUGAUUCGAGUUAUCCGGCUGCUGCGAUAUUGUCAGAAUUUGGCAGCAGUUCGCGUGCUUACCUUUUCGAUAAAGAAAAAUGUGAAAGAUCUCUUCCUACUUUUCUUUCAUAUAUCUCUCAUUGUGUUGAUCUUUGGAAACAUAGUGUACCUGUCUGAGGAUAGACACAACAUCGAUAGUAUACCACACGGGUGGUGGCUUGGGGUCAUAACUAUAACAACGGUCGGCUUUGGUGAUGUGGUUCCUACAUCUGUAACUGGAAAGAUCAUAUGCUCCGCCUGCGCUUUAUGUGGUAUUUUGACUCUUGCACUGAUAACUUCUAUAUUUGUUGAAACUUUCAUGUCCUUAUAUGGUGUAGCACUGAUUGACGCGGUACCAAAAGAAGAUCGUAUCAGAAAGUGGGAUCAUUAUUCGAAGAAAAUUAGAGAAAAUGGACAUUCAGAUUUCAUUGACAUAAAGAAAACAAAGAUUUGAACUAUAGUAAGUUUUAUCGAAAGGCACAGUUACAAACAAGUAUAAAAAAAAUGUGAAGAUGAAUUCAAAUCAGCACUGUAUUAUGGUUUUUACCUUCAGGAGUCUGAAUGGUGGAUCAUUCGUUUCUCUUUUUUUUAUGCCAUUUUUCUCUCUUCUUUAUUUUUGUCGCCCAUUAUUUUCUUUUCUAUUAUUUCAUUAUUUGGUAAAUUUUUCUUUAUUAUUUAUUUUUUUCGACCCUUUUUCUGUAGCUUUUGUCUAUUAUUCUCUAAUCUUUAAACACCAUGCAGGCCCUCAUGCAAUGUUAAUAACAAUGUUUCAUCUUUGCACUAUAAAACGUUUUAAACUUUUCUCACAAGUUGUCAGUAUAGAUUGGGUUAAUUUGCAACAUAUGACAUUAUUCAUUUUCUAUUUUUAUCAAUAGAUUGGCGUUUAAGUGAAUACUUUACUCAUUAAAAGCUCUCUAAAAUUACUUUACUUUAUUUCAGAUUAUUGAGUUAUUAUUGCAUCAUAUUCUCAAUAAGGCACUUUUCAUAAUGAAUUCCCCUCUGUCAUUUUUUUAUUAUAUUAUCGUUGGUAUAUUGUUUUGAUGUAAAUAAAUCACAUGAAAUUGAA